AACGGACAAGCAAACAGUAGGAUGGCAAAUGAGGUUACCAUUCAGGAUAUCAAGAAAGCUUAUGAAACUAUUUCCCCGUAUGUUCAUACGACCCCCGUCUUCACCAGCUCAACUCUAGACAAUCUUGUUGGAAGAAAAGUGUUUUUCAAAGCUGAGAAUUUGCAGAAAACAGGUUCAUUCAAAGCCAGAGGAGCACUAAAUGCGGUGCAGUCACUAAAGACCAACAACCCGUGUGUUAAGGGCGUUGUCACUCACAGCAGUGGAAACCAUGGGGAAGCUUUGGCGUGGGCCUCCAAAAUCGCCCAAGUGGACUGCACUGUAGUUGUUACACAAGAUACCCCGAAAACAAAGUGUCGAGCCAUUAAAAGCUAUGGGGCUGAUCUUGUGUUUUGUCAGUCUUCCCCUUCGGCAAGAACAGAAACAUGUAACCAAAUUUCCAGCGAAAAGAACUACCCAUAUAUUCCUUCAUCUGAUCACUAUGAUAUCAUUGCAGGACAGGGUACAAUAGCUGUAGAGUUCUUGAAGCAGGUGCCAGAAUUGGAUGCCAUUUUGGUUCCUGUUAGUGGUGGAGGAAUGGCCUCAGGGAUUGCCAUAGCAGCUAAAGCCAUUAAACCAGAUAUUAAAGUGUUUUUAGUUGAACCCGAGGGGAAAAUGUGCGAAAUAUGCCUCCAAACAGGAAAACGACUCUGGCCCAACCCUCCUCAAUUUCUAAAUACAAUAGCAGACGGAUUAAAAUUGCAACAACUAGGGAAGUUAACAUGGCCCAUUAUUCUAGAUCUCGCAGAAAAGGAAGUAUUCUCAGUGACUGACGAAGACAUAAUAAAGGCAAUGAAAUUUGUUUUCGAGAGAAUGAAGUUGGUGAUAGAACCGGCUGCCGGUACUGGAGUAGCCGCUGUGAUGUCAGAAAGAUUGGCAGCGAUGGAUGCCAACAUGAAGAAUAUAGGCGUUAUACUGUGUGGUGGAAAUGUGGACAUCGACAAGCUACCCUGGUACUGAUCGAGUACAAGAUACUUUGUACUAACUGCAUGGUCUAUUAGAAGUUUGUUUAUUUGAUAUAUAUAAAAAUCAUAUGUGCAACAUCGGUGCAAUUUUGCUCACACAUUUUAUUUUAUUACAUGUACGAUACAUUUUAUUAUUAUACAUUCAUUUUACUUAUGUCGGUAGUAGAGAUGUUGAUAGACAAUUUGGACCAUAAAGUAUACAGUUGUUGAAGUCAAUUGAUAUUUUCUCCACGUCCCAUAGACAAAAAAGCUAGGAAAUAUCCGCAGUGAUUUUUUAUAAUUUGUACAUAACUUGGCAGAAUUUUAGAGGAGAAAUGUGGCAUUUUUUCCUUUUGUUGAGAAUUUUUAUGUUUCUAACA